AUGGCUGACAUGUGGAUGGCUGAAGAGUUGCAUUCUGCGUGCGUCUGCUGCGUAGGAGCUGGCGGAUAUAUCGUUCAUCAUCGCGUCCCCGGCGUAGAACCCCGGAGCCUCGGUCAACGGACAAGCGUCAGCGCACCGAACGCUCGAGCCAUCUGCGCCUUGGCUCACUGGAACAAGCGACCAUUCAAAUUCCGUAAUCUUGCUGAUUUAACGUCGAGUGGGGAAGCCGCGUCAUUGGUGGAUCUAGGCCGCUUAAAGCCAAUGGCGACGAAAGGAGGAGCCGGUUAUAAUGCCACGAAAUUUGGCGUGUCGCCUCCUUUACACUGCCUAUCAAUGAGAACUCAACUCUUUCUUAAAGGCUUACUUCUUCUUGAUAGAGGCGAGUGGGCAAAUAAAACUAACUAA